AGUCGCUGGAAAUAGUGUCAUGGGCGAUCCACAGCUUGCGGAGCUCAGUGCCCCGAACGUCUGCGUCGGGUACCUCAUCGCACGCUUCGCCGCCGAGUUCCAUGCGCACGAGUCGGCGCUCUUCGUCUCUUCGAGCGCGGCCUUCGACAGUCGCCAGCACGAGCUCGCAGCGCUCUUGCUCGAGCGGGUCACCGCCAUCGCGCUGCCAUUGCCGUUCGACGCGCUCGUCGCUGCCGUCGCCGCCAUCGAUACCGAAUGGGCGUUGGCGCUCGAGUCCACGAUGACGCACCUAUCGCAGUCUUCUAUUGACGACGUCGAUGACUUUCUCCGCGACCAUUUGCAGCCGACAUCGUCGGGCCUCGACCCGUCGUCGCCGCUCGGGCGCUUCCUCCGCAUGCUUGCGCUAGCCUCGUCGACCGCGUUCUUUGACCGCAUGUGUCGGUUCCAGCUCGAGCUGCGCGCCUACGUGACAUCGCGAUCCCAAUCGACAUGCGACUUGCCACUCGACGUCGACGACCUGCUCGAGAGCCUCGACGCCGGUCGCGCCGACCAGCCGCUCGAGCGCGUCGAGGCAUGUCUCUCAACGCAGCUACAACGCCAUCCGUCGUGCCCACGGCUGCUCUUUGCGCGGUACCUGAACUUCAAGGUGCACCGCGAAUACCUGGGCGCGCUGCAUGCACUGCAUGCGUACCAUGACCACGCGCUCCGGACGUUCGAACAUGGCUUUGGCCCGCAGUACGCCACGUUGAACCUCGUCGGGCUCUACAGCAGCUUUGGCUACCGCGACGAAGCGCUCUCUGCGCUCCACGAAACCCUUCGCGUCGCGCAGCAUAAGCGCGACGGCGUCUGCGUCGCGUACGCCCUCGCGUGGUACAUGCAGCUAUUCCCCGCGUCGCAUGCGCAGAGUCGGCAGUGCGUCGACCGCGCGGGCGACCUCGGGCUCACCGCGCUUGCGAUCCUCGCGGGACUCCUCUCGUCCGUGCACGCUGACGUGCGCGAGUCGUUUACCACCCCGGCGCCCCGACCGAUUGCCGUGUGGCUCCGACUGCAGCAAAUCGCGUGUGAGCUUGAAGCUGCCGCCACCACCCGCGCCCCAAAGGCAGCAGCGCUGCCGGGGCUCCACCAAAAGACCGAAACACCGAUACCACUCAAGCCGACAACGUGGACCACGGCCGAGAAGGACGACAUCGUGGGUCGGUGGGCGGCGCUCCGGGGCGCCAUUGCACUCACGACGGCCGGCGUCUGGCAUGAUCUCGGACACCGGACACUGACCCACUUGCACACGCAGCUCUACGGUCUAUGCUAUGCCAGCUCGAGCGCCGACAUCGCGCUUGCGAUGCGGCGCAUCGCGCUUCUUCAAAUGGACCCGACAUCAGCAUCGCCGUCGUCCUCGAGUCUCUACGCGUCGUCCUUGCGGUGGCUCGCGACGGCCAGUGCAAAGUGGCACGUGCAGCACGAGCCGGCGUAUAUUGAAGCCGUGCUGCAUGUCUUGUUUGAGUGGAGCUUUGCGCGCGGGCAGUGGCGCCGGGCAACGCACUGCCAGCAGCUCCUUAUGGGUCUCGCGGGUGCUAAAACGUCUGCGCGCGUUGAAGCGACGCUGCUGCAAGUACGACUCUUUCUGUACCAGCAGGAGAGGUACUUGGACGCCGCCAACGUUCUCCAAGCGCUGCUGCCGACCGCGAAAGAGCACCCGCCUUUGCACGCCAAAGCACUGCUGCUUCUUGCGCACGCCUAUGUGCUUGGUGCCCCAGACGCGCCCUUCGAAGCGCUGCCGCCUUUGCUGCACUGCUUGCAGCUAUGCGACGAGCGCGCACUCGACUCGGUCCGCGCCCACGCACAUCUCGUCUUGGCCGCACUCUACCUGCACAUGGAUCGGUGGGCCGACGCGGCGUCGCUCCUCGAGGCCGCCGUACCCCAGGUGCAAGAGCACGGCGGGCUGCACCUCCAGGGCCAAUAUGCACUCGCACUCGCAAAGACGCACAUGGUAUCGAACGCACCGACGGCUAUCGCAUGGCUCGGACAAGCCUUGACGAUUGCCACCCGCCGUGACGACGUGUACCUUGAGCGCGAAGCGAGCUACUUGCUGGCGCUCGCAGCCGAGGGCGACGAGCGCGAGGCCGCCGCCGAGCGCUUCGUCAAGGUGGAUGCCGCCGUUCAAGCAGCCCGUGAAGUCGACGUCGACGCGUCCCUGCACCCGCUGGGCCCCGACCUGCUUGGCCUCGUGGCACACUGGGAAGAUUGCAAACCGUAA